AUGGAUGUGAACAGAAGCAGCGCGUGCUUAGCAGCGCUCGUUGUGCUCUUCACCGCCUGCAGCGCGGUGGAUUCCGCGUGCAGUGGAGAAGUUAAACUCGCUCCGGGCGUUAGCCUGCAGGUAGAGCACCGGGGCUACCUGCAGGAGGUAAAUCGGCCGAGCCUUGCCCUCGUGUCGGAGGUAAAGCGGACGGGAGUGCGGUCGAAAGUCACGGGCCGUGACUCAGCGCUGGUUGAUUUGGUCUACAAGAUCGACGAAGUGUUUUGUGGGCAUGCGGCGUUUGCGGGACGGGAGGUGCGGACGCGGGCGUCGGAAGAAUUCCCACGUUUUUUGACGGGAAGGAGCGCGGGCGUGCCGGCGGAACGGGCAAGGGGCGUGUGGUUGGUCGCCGAACUGGAGGGGGAACUGUGUUGCGUCAACGCGAUGUUCGGAGGCGCCUACCUGCCGAUCUACGAAGCGGCGGUGCGAGAGCCGAUUCCGUUCGGAGAUCGAGCAGAGUUUGACGAGGUCGUCGGACUAGGGCGUUUGCUCGGCAGCGUUGCCGACAGGCGCCGGAACGGCGAAGACCCACGGCCCGCCUGCCGUGCCGCCCUGCUCGACGACAACGAACUCACCACCAAGUGGGCCAUCUCCCACCUGUGGCGGCAGGAGGGCGACCGGUUAGCGGACGACUUGAUCAAGGUCUGGCAACGGCCGGGGCAGUCUCCGUACAUUCAGAUCGACUGCGACCGUCUGUUAAUGUCGUCCUCGCACAGGGGCAAGUGGAGAUUCUCUGCCGCCCGCAAAAAGAUGCUCCCGGCGUGGCUGGAAAUUGAAGAUCACCUAACCUUUUCCUGUGUGCGGCGGUACUACCUAAAUGAGCUUCUGCAGAACUGGGAGGAAGAAGGCUACGAAGCCGAAGUGUUGGUCCGCCAGAGCAGAUACUGGUGGUGGAUCGUCUCGGCGUUGGUGCUGUUGUCUGGCGGCGGGCUGGCCCCGGCCGAGGAGGGUUGGUCCCGCUUCCGCGGCCCGAACGGCUCUGGCGCGGCGCCCGGCGCCAGCAUCCCGCUGAAUUGGACGCCCGAGAACACGCUGUGGCGGGUCGACCUCGGCGGGGUGGGGCACGGCUCACCGGUCCUCGAGGGGGACCGGCUGUUUGUCGUGGCGGGCGAGCCGGACUCGGCGAACAUCCGCCUAGAGUGCUGGGACGCGUUCACCGGACGCCGGCUGUGGCAGGCGGAGCAGCCCGGCGAGCCGACGCACCUGCACGCCAUGAACAGCUACGCGUCCGGCACACCGGCGGUGGGCGGCGGCGUGGUCGCGAUGAGCUGGGCGGACGCCAAGUCGUUUUACCUGGCGGGCUACUCGCUUGACGGUCAAGAGCUGUGGAGCAAGAAGCUGGGCGCCUACGACAGCCGGCACGGCUACUGCCGGUCGCCGAUCAUCGAAGACGGCGUGGUGUACCUGGCGAGCAACCAGCAGUCGGGUGCGUUUGUGUUGGCCGUCAACGCCGGCGACGGCCAGCAGCGUUGGCGCCGUGAGCUGACGCCGGGCGUCGCCUCGUACGACACCCCCGUGGUGAUCCCGACCGCCGCCGGCGGCCGGGCGCUGGUGGUCGGGAGCAGCGAGAUCGGCAUGGACGCGCUGGACCUGGCGUCGGGCGACGUGGUGUGGACGGCCGCAGGGGUGUUCCCGCAGCGGUGUGUUGCGUCGCCGAUCUUUGCCGGCGGCAUGGUGCUCGAGGCCAGCGGCAGCGGCGGGGGCGGCAAGCUGCUGGUGGGCGUCCGCCCGCCUACCGCGGCGUCCCCCGAGCCGGAGGUGGCGGUCAAGAUCACCAAGGCCGUGCCGUACGUGUCGACCCCGCUCGCCGUGGACGGCCUGCUUGUCAUGUGGCACGACCGCGGCACGGUGGCCGCCGUUGAUCUGGCGACCGGCCAGCAGCUGUGGCUCGAGCGGAUCGGCGGCAACUAUUUUUCCUCGCCCGUGAACGUCGGCGGCGUGGUGUGGAACGUCUCGAUGGACGGUCAGGCGGUGGCGUUGGAAGUGAGCCGCGACGGCUGCCGCGUGCUCGCGAAGAACGAACUCGGCGAGGGCGCCGAAGCGACGCCCGCGGUUGUCGGCAACCGGAUGUAUGUUCGCACACAGAAGUCGUUGGUUUGCAUCGGCGCGCCGGCGACGGCUGUCCUACCGCUCGAAAAACUAAACGCCCUGCUGGCCGAGCUCCGUUCGGCGGGAGGGUACUACGCGGACAGGCUGGCCGACGCGCCGGACGAGGUCCGCUCGCUGCAGGACGUCCGCCGACUGCCGUUCACGCACAAGGACGAGCUGCUGUCCGGCGAGCACGGCGCCGAGGCCGCCAACCGCACCUACCCGCUGAGCCGCUACGUGCGGUUCCACCAGACGUCCGGCUCCCGCGGCCGGCCGCUCGCGGUGCGCGACACGGCGGAGGAUUGGCGGUGGUGGAUCGAGGGCUGGCAGUACGUGCUGGACGCGGCCGGCGUCACGCCGGACGACAGGGCGCUGCUGGCGUUUUCGUUUGGCCCGUUCGUGGGGUUCUGGAGCGCGUUCGACGCGCUCGCGGCCCGCGGCGUGCUGACGAUCCCGGGGGGCGGGAUGGGGAGCCAGGGGCGGCUGGACCUGAUCCGUCGAACCGAGGCAAACGUGCUGCUCUGCACACCGAACUACGCGAUGCGGCUGGCGGAGGUCGCCGCGGAGCAGCAGACGCGGCUCACGGAGCUGCCGGUGGAGAAGAUUAUUGUGGCCGGCGAGCCCGGCGGCAGCGUCCCCGCGGUGCGGGAGCGGAUUGAGCGGGCGUGGGGCGCGCGGGUGCUGGACCACACCGGCGCAACCGAGGUCGGCCCGUGGGGCUACGGCGAGCACGCCGGACGCGAGCGAGAGGGCAGGGGGGUCUACAUCAACGAGAGCCAGUUCUUGGCGGAGUUCGUGUCGGUCGAAACGGGCGAGCCGGCCGGAGAGGGCGAGCUCUCGCACCUGGUGCUGACCACGCUGGGACGCGCCGGGUCCCCGGUGAUCCGCUACCGCACGGGCGACCUCGUGCGGCCGUCGUGGACCGCGGACGGCGACAACCGCUUCGUGUUCCUCGAGGGGGGCGUGAUCUCGCGGGCCGAUGACAUGAUGAUCAUCCGCGGCGUGAACGUGUUCCCGACGGCGAUCGACCAGAUCCUGCGCGGCUUCCCGGAGGUGGUGGAGUACCGAAUGACCGCCCGCCGGCACGGCGAGAUGGACGAGCUGGUCGUUGAGGUGGAGGACCACCUGCAGGACCCGCGACGCAUCGCCAAAGAACUGAACCUGCGGCUCGGUCUCACGAUCGAGGUCCGGCUCGCGGCGUCGAUGUCGCUGCCGCGGAGCGACGGCAAGGCUGGCUUCGCCGACGAGCUGGAGCAGCAGUUGCCGGCGGCGCUGUGGCAGUACGAGCACCUGAGCCAACAGGAGCAGCAACGGCUGCGCGACACGGCCGUGGUGGUCUUCCACGAGAAGAACUGGGAGGGGUGCGGCGGGCUGGAGAUGACCGACGAGAUCCGACUCGCGGUCGCGGCCCAGGUUUCGCUGGUCACGCUGGGGCUCAAGGAACAGUACUUCGAUCACGUGCUGUCGGUGCUGGUCUACCCUGAGGCGUACCGCGCCCCCGAGACCCGCUCGCCGGGCGGGGGCGUGAUUGUCGAGCACGAGUCGGCGAGACUCGGCGAGGCCUGGUACCGGGGCCCGGUGGUGCUGUCGUGGAGUGACGUUCAGCGGGCGGGCGAGUCUCGCAACAUGGGACGCAGCCUGGUGGCGCACGAGUUCGCCCAUCAGCUCGACAUGCUCAACGGCCGCAACGCCGACGGCGUGCCGCCGAUCGACAAGCCCUCCGACGCCGAAGCGUGGGUGGCGACCCUAGAGUCCGCCCUGGGCAGGCUGCGGCGGGCCUGCCGCCGGGGGGACCGCCCCGUGAUGGACUGCUACGGGGCUACCGACCGCAGCGAGUUCUUUGCGGUGUCCAGCGAGGUGUUCUUCCAGGCGCCGCAUCGGCUGGUCGAGCGUGAGCCAGCCCUCUACAACGCCCUGCGGAGCUACUACGGGCAGGACCCCCAAAGGUGGGGGGCCGGUUGA